GUUCUGGGAUGGGUGGUAAUUAAAAAUGAAGCCGUGACCACAGAAAAAUCGAUGCUUCUGCGUACUACUUUUGUUUCAGUUUUCUUUCAGGCUCGAAUAAAAGUAUUCAAGCAAAAAUAUUAAAAUAUGUAAAAAUAUUACAAGGACACGUCAAGAAACAGUGCGCGGAGAGUGGGCUGUGUCCUGGUCAGAGGAGGAGGAGACUGCUGUGGAGAAAACCCCCGAAAACAUCCCAGCCGAGGACGGAGACAACCCCCUGCUGAGAGGGGACAGAAUCCGUGCUUGGAUGCGGGUAGAGCUGCUCUCUCAUCCGGAACCAAAGCGGGAGAGGCGUCGGGAUUCCCUUUGUCCCCAUGUGUGGAUGAGCUGCGCAAAACUCACGAGCCGCGCGCGCCGUCCAGUCAGGUCAUGCAGGCAUCUGCUGUUCUGUUGGGCUAAAACUCUUGUGCAGUGGGAUUGCAUGUGAAGCGGUUGUGGCCAAACAGCACGGGGGGGAAGUCGAGGAAAGAUGAGGAAGAGCAGGAGCGUUCUCACGGUGUCCCCCAACAAUGACAGCAAAGAACCUCCAGACUGCUGCAUUAGUGAAUCUUUCACGUCUCCUUCAUGCACUCUUGGAGUCGACCUGCGUAGGGGCAGGCGUCGUUUCUCUGGCAACCUGCAGCUACCCCCUUUAUCAUGGCGUCAGGGGGAAAGGUCACGAACACCAGACAUCGAGAGCAUGGCCCGGCCGACAUCCCUCCCAUUUGGGGCCCCUCCAAGGAUAGACAUCACACCUGUGGAUCCACACGGCGAUGACCUGAUUGUGACUCCUUUUGCUCAGGUUCUGGCAAGCCUCCGAAGUGUAAGGAAUAACUUCACGAUACUGACCAAUGUCCAGUGUCCUUCUAGCAAGAGGUCUCCUGCAGCAACAACUCAGCCUCCAAUCACCAAAGUUUGUCUCCCAGAUGAGGCGUACCAGAAGCUGGCUAUGGAGACGAUGGAAGAGCUGGACUGGUGUCUGGACCAGCUGGAGACCAUCCAGACCUACCGGUCCGUCAGCGACAUGGCCUCUAACAAGUUUAAGCGGAUGUUGAAUCGGGAGCUGACGCACCUAUCCGAGAUGAGUCGGUCUGGGAAUCAGGUGUCCGAAUUCAUCUCCAACACCUUCCUAGACAAACAGAAUGAGGUGGAAAUCCCGUCACCGACCUCCAAAACACGAGAGAAGAAGAAGCAGCAGAAGCAGCAGCUGAUGACACAGAUCAGUGGGGUGAAGAAGGUUUCUCAUGGGUCCUCGCUCUCCAACAGCAGCAUAUCGCGCUUUGGCGUCAAAACCGAUAAAGAGGAGCCAUUGUCCAAGGAGCUGGAGGACCUGAACAAGUGGGGUCUAAACAUCUUUAGCGUUUCAGAGUACUCCUACAACCGACCGCUCACCUGCAUCAUGUACGCCAUCUUCCAGGAGCGGGACCUGCUAAAGACAUUUAAGAUUCCAGCAGAUACGUUUGUGGCUUACAUGAUGACGCUGGAGGAUCACUACCAUUCAGAUGUGGCAUACCAUAAUAGUCUACAUGCUGCUGACGUUGCUCAGUCAACACACAUUCUUCUCUCCACUCCUGUUCUGGAUGCGGUUUUCACAGACCUUGAGAUCCUAGCAGCUAUUUUUGCUGCAGCUAUCCAUGAUGUCGAUCAUCCUGGAGUAUCAAACCAAUUUCUAAUCAAUACCAACUCUGAGCUGGCCCUGAUGUACAACGAUGAGUCUGUCUUGGAGAACCAUCACUUGGCUGUAGGCUUCAAGCUGCUACAGGAAGACAACUGUGACAUCUUUCAAAACCUCACAAAGAAGCAGAGACAGUCCCUGCGCAAGAUGGUCAUUGACAUGGUUUUGGCCACUGACAUGACCAAACACAUGAGUCUGUUGGCUGAUCUGAAGACGAUGGUGGAGACUAAGAAGGUGACUAGCUCUGGAGUUCUGCUGCUAGACAAUUACACCGACAGGAUACAGGUGCUGCGUAACAUGGUGCACUGUGCUGAUCUGAGUAAUCCCACUAAGUCUUUGGAGUUGUAUCGUCAGUGGACUGACCGCAUCAUGGAAGAGUUUUUCCACCAGGGAGACCGAGAGAGGGAGAGGGGAAUGGAGAUCAGCCCCAUGUGUGAUAAACACACAGCCUCUGUAGAGAAGAGCCAGGUGGGAUUUAUCGACUACAUCGUUCACCCUCUGUGGGAAACCUGGGCAGACCUGGUACACCCUGAUGCCCAGGACAUUCUGGACACUUUAGAGGAUAACAGGAACUGGUACCAGAGCAUGAUUCCCCAGAGUCCCUCCCCGCCCUUCUACGAUCAGGGCACGCAUGGACACAGCGGGGGAACAGGAAUACAAGGGGGAGGAGAGAAAUUUCAGUUUGAUGUGACUUUGGAGGAAGAGGACUUGGAUGGAAUGGAAAAAUACGGUGAAGGAGAGGAAGACGAGGAUGACGAAGAGUUGGAAGAGGAGGAGGAGGACAGUCUUGGAAAUUCUCGUCCUCCUCCCCAGGACUACUUGGACAGUCAGUUGCCCGACGACGGUACCAUGAUCGAGCCUACAUCGGCAAUAGAGAUUGUGACGCAUGAAGCAUCGCCCACAGACACAUAGGGCUUCCAUCAGCGCGCUCACAUGGUAGUUUUAGAGUCUGUUGGAAAACAGGGGAAAUCCUCUUGCAGCUGUGCUUUUUAAUAAGCCCACAGAGGCAAAGGCUUAGUUUUGGCCCGCGCAGGGGCAUCUUGCACUUGGGUUGUUGAAGCCGGACACGGACUGGCAGUUUCAGAGAGGUGGCUUCAGAGUUCUCAGGAAUUACUUACUGCAAACAUUUUAGUCUCUAUGGACGAGAGGGGAACUUGAAGGAUUUCAGCCAGUUUGGAAAAUGGUUUCUUUUCUUUUCUGGACUGACAUUAAAUGGACAUCGACACUACUGAGAGAACUUUUGUACCGUGACUUAUUUUUUCUAUGGAUAAAUGAUCUAGAAGUAGCAUAGAAUGAGAUCUACUAAUGGAGACACAUUUGUAUAGCGAAAGAGAAGCGUUUACUUUUUCUGUACCAUUUGUCGAGAGACUUUUGUGUGCCUUUUUUACAACUGUCUUUAUAAUAGUUUUUUAUUUAUUGAACACUCUAGCGUCUAUGUGAAAUGUUUUUUUCCUUAACUAAAAAUAUUUUAAAAGGUUUUCGUAUGUCAAAGAGAUAAGUCUUCCAUGUAUUGGGCAAUAGAGAGAUCCAAGCAACUCUUGGACCACUCAUCUACAGUAAAUGGGAAAAUACACGUGUCGCCUUGUAAUCUGAGCACAAGUUUUCCUUUACAUAUGGAGUUCAAACAUGUUCAGCUGUGGUUCACUUUACAUGGUUAUCAGGAUCCCAGCAAAACACAUCACCAUUUAUUACAGCUCCACUUUACGUUUGGCUGCAAACCAUUGGGCCUUCCUGUUGUUCCACACCAAAACAUGAAUUUAAAAGAGGGAUACAAAGUGUUUCAGUUAUUUUGGAGUGAAAUGGCUGUAGCAUCCAGCUAAUAAUAAAAAGCAGAUAUGUAUAAAGGUCUGGCCCCAGAUCAAUGCUAAAAUUAGGGAUGUCCUGUUCCGAUAUCAGAAGUCAUUUGAUAUUGGCCCAAAAACAGUGUAUCGGAUUAUUUCGGACUGCAUCGAAAAUCUCUGAUAUCAACAGUCUGGUAAGGUUCACAUUUUUGCAACCAAUGGUUAGAAAAAAUUGGAAAUGUUUUCAUUUCACUGUUGCUGGCUCUUGUUCUCGAUUUAGUAAUAUCAAAUGAUCAAGCCUUUCAUACAUUCCACACUAUGAAAUAGGUAAAAGUAUGUAUGAUUUGGGCUGAAAUUGUAUGGGAUUGAUAUCGGUAUCGGUCAAUACCGAAGGCUGAAACAUCGGUAUCGAAUCAAAAGGGAAAAAGUUGUAUCGGGACAUCCCUAGCUUAAAUAGAAAGUCUGGGAUAAAAUUCACAACAGUGUUGAGUCUAUUUCUAUCCUACAGGUCUGCUACUGUCCUAAUAAUCCUGUUUGUUGGAAGAAGUUCUGAACCUAGGUCUGGCUGAUGCAACACUUCCUCCAUCAGGUCCAAACCACAAAGCUAAUGGUGUUUUUAUAGCCGCCUGUCAAAAGGUGCUCUAGAUCCUGAUUGCUGAUAGAAAUUACAUGAUUUACAAAUCCCUCUGGGCUCCUCUGACACAACCCCAAAACAACUAGGCCAACUAUUUCUCCCUCUGAAUCCCUAAAGUGCUGCUUCUGCUCAUUGACGUCAGUAGAUAAUUAUAAUUUUUUCAUCCCCCAGCUGUUUAAAGUUUCCACAACUACUAGAAAUUUGCCCUGGCAGGGUCGUUGGAUUCAGUGUGGCAGAAAAGUUUUCCAUAAAUAAAUAAAUACAUUGUUGAGUAAAAUGGCCUAAAUUGUUUGCAGACCUCUUACUAUUCACAACUGAUAUAUAUAUAUUUUUUGGGGGGGGCCUAGUUGCAUCACCUUUCCACUUUUACGUAGGUUUACUGAUGCUCAAAGGUACUUGAUUUAGUUCCCAUAAGGCAGGCUACAGUGGGAGUUGUGGAGAGUGCGUUUUGUACGGGAGUGUGUCUGUCUCGCAUGUCUGGGUCAUGCCUUACCCCAUCACCCCCAUAGCCGUCUUUGCCGUUUGAGCUCAAGUUGGUCCUUUUGCUGUUUAUAACAGUGUGUAUUUAUUCUACACUUUAAGCUUGUAAAUAAGAAAUAUUGGUUCAGUGUAAAACCUAUUUUAAUUUAUAUGCACUUGCAUUACCUGGAGUGGUGGUGUCUCAUGUAGAAGACUCUGGAAUAGUCUUUUUUAUAUAAAUGUAUUCUAUUGUUUUUUAUAAAUAUAUAUAAAUAUAUUAAGUAUAUAUUCACAUGUUUGAGUGCCCAGAAGAGUGGCAGCUAAAGAGGCAUGUGGUUGUCAUAUGAAAACCUUGUAACUCCGACUUUAUUUUUACAUAAAAACUAAAAUGUUCAAAAUUGAGUAUGAUGCACAAACAUUAAACCAAAAAUGUUGUUACUCUGGUUUAUAUAUUCUAAAUAUCCUAAAACCUACUACUCUUUAUUUUCAGUUUUGCCCAAAUUAAAUCAGUUUUGGACUAGACCUUACCUACGAGGUUUUUGUCUGACAUCAGUGAUUUGGUAACCCGGAGGCAACAUAGAGGACAUGUUAAACUGCAUAAACUUGGAUAUAAGAUAAAUAAGAAAAGCUAAGGAAUGCUGAAGCAUAGGUUAAGUACAGAGUUAGCUUUAAUUGUCUUUACCCAAGCUUCUCCAUCCAGCAUUUGGACACAGUGCUAAUGUAAGUACAACUGACAUACACAAAGUGAUCGUCUCUUUUUACACCCAACACACUAUAUGUAAAAGUAGGGGACAGUAUUGGUAGCAUGCUACAAUAUGCCCAGCACUGAUGUGAAUUGUUAAGAGUCAACAACGACCCAUGAUCUUAUGUAACUGACUGUGCUAAUGUGUGAACUCUUCUGACCAAACUCGUUAGCAGUUUUGAAAUUCAAAAUUGUCAGUAUUACUGUUAUCUAUGUUCAAGCCUUUUUGGUCCUAGUUGUGUCCAAUCGGUUAGCCAGAAUUUAGCACUAUCUGCAUGAGAGAACUUUUUUUUUUUUACUGUCAAUAUGUUAAUGUCCGCCAGUUGUUGCAGGUGGGUUAUUAAAUGUUUCACACAAUGUAUGGUAUAUUAUUGUAUAUUGUGUUUAAAAAUAAAUCUGAAAAUACUUUUUCUAUGAAGUGAUUAAAAGCAAAGCAUGAAUAUAUUCA